UGGAUCACAUGUCUGCACCGUUAUCCUCUGGCUGCAUAUAAAUACAGGUUGCAGCUGCUGGUGCAGCUUCACAGACUCCACAUUCCCAGCAAAACAAACAACAGAGGUCUCGCUCAUCGCAUCUUGAGGGUCAGAGAGGAUGUUAAUGAUGAUGAUGAUGAUGAAGAAGAAGGGGUCCAGAGGCUCCCUGGCUUUGUUGGCCCUCAUUGUGGCCUCAGCCAACUGCAUCCUGCCACCAUCCAAUGAAGAACUUAGUGAGAUCUCCCUCCAGGGUGAGAAGUAUCUGGACAAGCAGAUUGAAAACGCCAUCGAUGGCGUGAAGGAGAUGAAGACCGUGAUGCAGAAAUCCUCCGAGGUCCACAAGAAGUUUGUGGAUGCUCUGGAGAAGACGAAGCUGCAGAAGGAGGAGGCGAUGCGCGUCGCUGAGGAAAUGGAGGCCAAGCUGGCGAAGGAGGAGGAGGUCUGCAACGACACCAUGAAGGCUCUGUGGGAGGAGUGCAAGCCCUGCCUGAAGAAGACCUGCGUUAAAUAUUACUCCAGGACCUGCAGCAGCGGGUCCGGAUUGGUGGGCCGUCAGCUGGAGGACGUGCUGAACAGAACAUCUCCCUUCUCCAUCUGGAUCAACGGGGAGAGGAUCGACACGCUGGAGCAGGAGGGCCAGCGGCAGAGCAAGGAGUUCAGGAACCUGGAGGAGAAGUACACGGAGAUGGAGGACGGCGUGGACAACAUCUUCUCAGACAGCAUGAAGGUUGCCGAUCACAUCAACCCUCCGGCGUUCUUCUUUCCCAAAUUCCUGGCUCCGGUCACUCGUCGCGCCCGAAGCAUCCACAUGCUUUUCCACGAUCCUUUCCACAACUUCCAGAGCUUGUUCUCCCCCAUGAUGGGCAUGAGCAGGAACCUGUUUGGCUCCAUGAACUCCAUGAUGGACUUAAACUCUGAUGCCGCCACGAAUGACGACGGCAACGUAAACGAGGACGUGAUCAUCACGAGGCCCUUCGGCAACGGCAGGAUGACCUGCAGGGAGAUCCGCCGCAACUCGGCUGGCUGCAUCAAGUUCCGCGACGAGUGCGAGAAGUGCAAAGAGAUCCAGCAUCUUGAUUGCUCCGGGAAGAAGCCUCUGGAGGGCCCACUGAAGGAGGAGCUGGAGGAUGCCCUGGUCAUGGCCGAGCAUUUCACCCAGAAGUAUAACUCCCUGCUGAAGAGGUUCGAGGAGCAGAUGUUCAACACAUCCUCCGUCCUCGACAUGCUCAACAGGCAGUUCGGCUGGGUGUCGUCUCUGGCAAACAACACCAAGGACGGCAUCUUCAGCAUCAAGGGGGUGAUCUGCAAAGGAGACACCGGAGAGAACCCGGGCGGAGAGAAGCAGCCGGCUGAAACUAAAGUGUCCGUGCAACUCUUUGACUCCCAGCCCAUGAACUUCACCGUGCCGGGCGACAUUCCCUGGACCGACCCAAAGUUCUCCGAGGUGGUGGCUCAGGAGGCGCUGGACCGCUACAAGGAAACCAGCGUCAUCGUAAAAUAAGUUCCAGCCGAAGUUCCCGUCAGGAUCUUCCGACUUCUGCUGACCAGGGAAAUGCUCCAAAUCCAUCGAAACGCAACCCGAUAGGACGCAACCCCCCCCCCCAAAAAGCCAACGCGCCAACUCCAAGCUUCCUCUUCCAGUCCUGCUUCUGCAACAAACACCAAGAUUAAACCUCUACGGCCCAAACUUUCUCAUUAGUCCUGCUGUAAGAGAAGAUAUCCAGUAGAAAACAGGCCGGACAGGAGUCUGCAGUAACCUCCUACGUUCAGGACGGCCUCGCAUUGUGUGUGUGAGCUGGGCCGAAUAACCGGGGGCCCGUGCUGCAAUAAGUGUUUUAUGCUAAUAUUUCCUGUAUUUUUAGGACGUAAUGUUUGUGCCAUGCGUUUUGGAGACUUUUUUAAGAUCUGGGGGCUGUUUCACAAAAAGUAGAAAGCAGAAACCCAGGAUUAGAGGAGAAAGCUGGGAAUCGAGUCAAAACAUCCCGUCUUAUUUGGACGGGGAGGACUAAUUAUUCUUAAAAGGCCCAAACAUAUCAGCAUGUCUGACAGCUCAGUUUAUAGGCCCAUUUACAGUAUUUUGAGGCCAAGUUAUAACUAUAAAAGGGAGUUUGCAGCACUGGAUAAAAAGGUGGAUUAAAUAUUUUAAAGCAGGUGUAUCUGGUUAGCCUAGACCGGAGACUGAGUCAGGAAAACUGGAAAAUCUGGUCUCAACCCGUCAUCAAAUCACGGUUUUGUGAAACGGCUCUCGAUCUUCAUUGCUACUGUGUUCAGAUUGUUUUCUAUAAAAAGGUUAAAGUGUUUUUUUUCCUUUGUGAGCUUGACUUUUUUUGUGAUUUCAGAGAUCAAAGUUUCAGCAGCUCUUAAAACAGCAAUAAGUAUCUUUAAUAAAAACCUGCUAAAACAUA